UAGCUGCAGCUCAAGUUCGUGUGAAUUAGAAAUCGCAGAAGGACACGCGCACAGUUUAAACAAGCCCGCUGAAAACCUCAGGUUGUCGUUUGACGUACAUCCUUCCAUCCAGUAGCUUCAACCUUCAGCAACCGAAAGCCAUGGACAACGUUAAACUGUUCAGUGUUCUGCUAAUUUGUGUCGCUUUGAUGUUGGUUUGCGAAGCCCAGCUGACUUUCACACCGGCAUGGGGUAAGCGGUCUCCCGGUUCGCUGACGCUUAACCCACUCAUCGGCAGUACCAGCUACGGACAGGAUGCUUGUAAAACACCGGUUGAUUCCCUGCUGGUCAUUUACCGAAUGAUUCAAACCGAGGCACAGAAGAUUGUGGAUUGCAGUCAGAAGUAAUCGUCCUGGCACGUGGAUGCUCCUUACCCGGAAUUGGGAUUGGCAGUAAACCAGCGAUUUCGACCAGCGGCAGGUUACUGAUUCCAUUCCAUGAUAUUUGAUUAAAGCUCUUCGCUCUCUUCCUCUGGACACGUACCGAUGAACAUCGAACAGGCAAACCAAAAACCAGACCACGACGACCAUCAACAAUCAUCAUUUAUGGUUCGCUCCUUCCCUAACUUCCUGCCAUCGCCGUAGCGACCGGCGGCAGUGGUUACAAGGAGGUUGCAAAAUGUAAAUAAAGCUCGUGCUGCUAUCCGAUCGACCUACCACCGGGGCUCUUAUUCCGGGAUUCAGUGUAAUAGAAUAUAGAGAAGGAACAAGAAGAAAAAACAAUAAAAACACAAAAUGGCAUAAGU